AUGGAAUCAGUCAAUCAAUCAAUCAAUCCGUUUCCCAACAUCCAUUACCGGGAUUUUGAGAUUGUCAAAGUUAGUGCAGUUAAUGAAGGUAUUCCUCCUAAUCGAAUGCUAUGUCAGCUCCCAGCAGGACCAAUGCUGGUUAAUACAUCUAGGUGGAUUGAAGGGACAUAUAUGGAUCAUGCUGCUCAUAAUCUUAACCGAAAGAUUUUACCUGUCGGUCCAUUGCUUCAAUAUCCCGCUGCUGCUCCAGAAGGCGAGGAGCAGCAUCAGAAUAUUGAUCUCAUACAAUGGCUGGCAGAGAAAGAAGAACAUUCAGCCUUUUUUGCUUCCUUUGGGAGUGAAUAUUUUUUGACCAAGGAAGAGAUCAUAGAAAUUGCUUUCGGGCUGGAGCUUAGCGACAAUGUUAAUUUCAUAUGGGCCCUAAGGUUACCAAAAGGGGAGGAAAACAGGGUUCAACUUGAGCAGAUUUUACCUGAGGGUUUUCUUGAGAGAGUGAGAGAUAGGCGUAGGGCUGUUCAAGGAGGGGCACCACAAGCAUUGAUUUCAGGCCAUUCCAGUAUUGGUGGAUUUAUAUCUCAUUGUGGUUGGGGUUCAGUAUUAGAAGCAAUAGAAUUUGGUGUUCCAAUUCUAGCCAUGCCAAUGAACUAUGAACAGCCUCUCAAUGCCAGGCUGAUGGUGGAAAAUGGUUUAGCAGUGGAGAUCAUGAGAGAUGAAAAGGGAGACUUGUGA